UUUCCUGACGUCGAAAAGCCGGAAACGUUGGUGGCAUUUUGCGCUGGGAAUGUCAUUAAUCCAAGACAGUACAACUGCCACGCCGCUUUCGCUUGUAUUUGUCCGCACAAUCGGUCGUGGGACAUCGUGGAGAGAGUCAAGGGACCCUUCAUGACGUUCAAGCGUGCAGGGUAUUUAGCACUUCUCGAGGCCUUGAGACGAGCGAACUUUGAGGAUCCGCAGCAGAGUAAAACGCUCGUGGUCUACUCGAACGACGAAUCUGUCGUGAAUUCAAUGCGGAAAUGGGUGAUCGACUGGAUGUACGACGGCUGGGUCACCUCGAGUGGG